CACUUUGACUAAAACCAAAAUCGCGACAUGGUGUCCCAGACUCUGUUAUUCGGAGCUCUGCUUUUGUCGUUUUUGGUUGCAGAUCGGCUGGAAGUAGUACAAGCCAGGCCCCCAAUUAACUUUGCGGAAGAAGGAAGAAAAAUUGACAAAUAUCACGUUUUGGGACUUCGCGGCAAUUUUCACCGAAGGAUUAUAUAUAUCAACAACAUACUUUCAGACAAAGACUUGCCUAGAAAAACAACCAAAUUAGCUGGCAAAUUGGUAAAGAACAGUGUUCAGUUGGUUUUGUUGAGCUAUUUAGAUUACUUUACUGGCGGAAUAACACCUACACUACGGAAGACGGUGACAGCGAAACACGGUUAAUCAAAAAUGUAUAAUUGUUUUGUUAUUUACAUUUAAAGUAACAACCCUGCUAAAAUACUAUGUCAACCAUGAAACUGUUCAUCUACAAAAGAAUGAAAAUUUACAAAAAUCGAGGUAUAUUUUUUCCAUGUGAAAAGUAACACAAGUCUCUUUCUCUCCCGUUUGGGAAUCCCGUUACAAAAAUGAAAAUCUCUCUAAGUCUAUGUCUCACUCAAUGUACACUGAAUUCACUUAACGUUUGUCCUGAAAAUGCACGUGUCUCUGAUCCAACAAAUUUUACUUUAUAACAUUCUGAAUUCCACAUUUUCUAAAAUUUUCAUUUGGAAAAAGUCAGUAGAUGCUAAAUGGUUUGUGUAAAACAAUCAUAAUCGAAUAUAUGCAUAAAAAAUCUAAAAAAAAA